UAUAGAGUAAAGCUUGUAGGACAUUAUCCAGUUGAUAACAGCUUUAUCUCAAGAAGAAGAAGAAUCUGCAGUUAUGCGUCAGUAUUUUCUUUGUCUUUUUAUUGGUCUUCUGGCAGUUGCAUUCCUCCAGUCUGGUGUAAGGGGCAACAAUGCCAAUUUACCAUCUGAAUGCUGUUUUAAUCUUUAUGGGAGAAAACUCCCCAUUGCUAAAAUUGAUUCCUACAUCGAGACAAGAGUGGAUUGCACCAAACCUGGAGUCAUUUUUGUCACAAAGAAGAGUUUUCGUAUAUGCGUGGAUCCUCAGCUGAGCUGGGUGAAGACUGCCAUGAAAGCAGUGGAUGAGCGUGAUCUUUAGUGAUGCUGCUGUGGUGAUGAUCAGUAUGCUCAAAGGAAUGCUUUUUUUUGUUUCUUAAGUGAAGUAUUAGCUCAGUAAUUCUCUUUAUGUAAUGCUCUGAUAUUCUUUUCAUUAUUAUCAUGUAAAGCAUCAUGUCAAGUAACUGCAUAUUCUGAUGCAUUAAGUGCUAAAAUAAUUGUUUUUCCUUUAACUAGUGUUAAUUUUACUGCAAAAUAACAUGUAAAAAGACAACAAUCACCCUGUUCUUAUGAGGAUUACAGGGACAAUUUAUGAUAGUAUUAUCUUAAUGUAGGCUGAAGAAAGAAAUGUGCUUUUGUUUGAUUCUGUAUAACAGCAGUUAUAGAUGUUCUUAAGUCUAAUAAAGCAGAAUACAAAAACGA